CAUCUCUCGCUCUCUCUCUCUCUCUCCAGUAGUCAUGGAGCUCUCAUGGGAAGAGAGUGUGACAUAUUCAAUCAACACCAUUUACCUACUCUUCUCAGCUUAUUUGGUCUUCGUAAUGCAACUUGGGUUUGCGAUGCUGUGUGCUGGCUCAGUCAGGGCCAAAAAUGCCCUCAACAUAAUGCUCACCAAUGUAGUUGAUGCUGUUGUUGGUAGCAUCUCUUACUACCUUUUUGGCUUUGCUUUUGCAUUUGGUGAUGGUUCCAACUCCAAUCCUUUCAUUGGUACAAGCUAUUUUGCUCUCAGUAACGUCCCAAACUCUACAUAUGACUACAGUUUCUUUCUCUUCCAGUGGGCUUUUGCCAUUGCAGUUGCUGGAAUCACUAGUGGGUCUAUAGCAGAGAGAACCCAGUUCAGUAGUUACCUUGUUUUCUCUUUUUUCUUAUCUGGGUUCGUCUACCCAAUUGUUGCUCACUGGGUUUGGUCAUCAAGUGGUUGGCUAUGUCCUAGCUCAAGUCAGUUGUUGUUCGGGUCAGGUGCAAUUGACUUCGCUGGCAGCGGGGUCGUGCACUUAGUCGGUGGGAUUGCUGGGCUUUGGGGCUCACUGAUAGAAGGACCAAGAGUGGGCCGGUUUGAUGCAUAUGGAAAGCCCGUUCAAAUGCGUGGUCACAAUGCAGCCCUGGUUGUGCUCGGAACAUUUUUGUUGUGGUUCGGCUGGUUUGGGUUCAAUCCAGGCUCGUUCGGUAAGAUUGUUGUGGGUUACCCUGGAACCACUGAUCAAGGAAACUGGACUGCGGUGGGCCGGACUGCGGUUACGACUUCAUUGGCAGGCUCAACCGCUGGAAUAGUAACCUUAUUUGGACGUCGAUUGCUGGUGGGCCACUGGGAUGCAUUGGAUGUGUGCAAUGGACUACUUGGUGGGUUUGUUGCCAUUACAUCGGGCUGCUCAGUUGUCGAGCCAUGGGCCGCGAUCGUAUGCGGAUUCGUGUCGGCUUGGGUCUUGAUUGGGUUCAAUAUACUGGCCUUAAAACUCAACUUUGAUGACCCAUUAGAGGCAACCCAAUUGCAUGGUGGGUGUGGUGCCUGGGGAUUGAUAUUCACAGGGUUGUUUGCCAAAGAAGAAUUUAUUAUUCAAGCAUAUGAUUCCGGGAAGCUUGGUGUGUCGAGGCCCUCUGGGCUGUUGAUGGGCGGAGGAUGGGGUCUACUGGGGGCCCAGGUGGUGGAGCUUUUAGUGAUUGUGGGCUGGGUUAGUGUGACAAUGGGGCCCCUUUUCUAUGGCCUCCAUAAGCUUGGAAUAUUGAGGAUAUCAGCGGAUGAAGAAAUUGCAGGACUAGACGUGUCAAGCCAUGGAGGUUAUGCCUAUACUGCUCAUCCAGAAGAACAUCAUCCACGCUUUUAUGGGGAUUAUGUGCGCAUGCAAAACCAAGACCAUUAGUGGACCAACAACGUCCAAUUUGUGUUAUCAAUGAUUGUGUAGUUCAGGAUUAAAACUUCUGGUUGUCAAUAGUAUUGUAAUAUGAUUCUGAUUCUUGGAUGGAAUAAUAAUCCCAUUGAUGGUGCAUGCCAAAGUUACUAUG